AUGGCAGCAACAAAUAUUUUAUGUUUUGCCAUCUACUUGUAUUUGUGCUUUGCAUCAUUUGUCAUCAGUUCUCAUAUUGGCAGCGAGGAUUACUCCUUAUCUGAUCCUCAUCAGUCAUUGUCAGCUGCCGGCCAACAUCAUCACACCCACGAAACUUAUUCGGAAAUUUCCAAACCUGUCCCCGUACAAGUUAUUGAGAAAAUCCCUUUGCCUAUACCCCAUCCGGUAGCGGUUAAGGUUCCUAAUGUCAUACGUAUACAAAUACCCGAACCAUAUGCUGUUCAUGUACCCGUUCAACAAGAAAUUCAGGUGCCUACUUAUCGUAUUGUUCCCGAGAUUACGGAGAAACGUAUACCGUUUACGGUGGAGAAACCGUAUCCCGUUGAGGUUGAAAAACCUUAUCCGGUAGAGAUUAUAAAACAGAUUAAGAUCUCUGUGCCAAAACCUUAUCCAGUGCCGUAUACAAUUUACAAGCAUGUCAUGCAAAAGGAACAUGGUUGGUAA